AUGAAUCAGGCCAAGGUGCUGCUGAACAAUGGCGUUCGUAUGCCGGUCAUUGGGCUCGGCACCUAUCGACUCUACAACCAACACAGAAUCUCAGAGGUGCUGGCGUGGGCAGUGAAUGACUUCGGGUACCGCAUGGUGGACACCGCCAAGUACUAUGACAACGAACACGAGAUCGGGAACUUCCUCAAGAGCUGCCCCGUGCCAAGGCAACUGUUCCUGGUCUCGAAGCUGUGGCCGGCCGACCACGGACACCAGCGCACGAUGGCCGCGUUCCAGAAAACGCUGGAGAGCUUGGACGUGGACUACCUGGACCUGUACAUGGUGCAUUGGCCCGGCGUGGAGGAGGUGGCGAAGGACCCCAAGGACCGAGAGGAGGCCCGCGCCAUCCGAGCAAGCACGUGGCAGGCCAUCACCACCAUCACCACCAUCACCACCAUCACCACCAUCACCACCAUCACCACCAUCAUCAUCGUCAACAGCAACAACUCAAUGACCAUCGCCACGAUCAGGAAGGGCAAAGGCGAUCGGGGUCAGCAACUACACCAUUCGACACCUCAAAGAGUUGUCCAACUAUGCCCGCGUACUGCCCUCGUGAACCCGGCGGUGAAUCAGGUCGAGUUCCACCCGUAUCUGUACCAGCGGGAGCUGCUGCAGUACUGCACGGAGAACAACAUCCAAAUGGAGGCCUACUCGUCGUUCGGCAAGGGCGAGCUGCUCAAGGAGAGGCGCAUCAUCGACGUGGCCAAGAAGUGCGAGCGCACCCCGGCGCAGGUGCUCCUGCGGUGGGCCAUGCAGCACAACGUGAUCGUCAUCCCCAAGGCGUCCGUGCGGGAGAAGCUCGAGGAGAACAGCAAGGUGUUCGACUUCGAGAUCGCGGCCGAAGACAUGAUGCUCAUCAACGCCCUCGACAAGGGCUGGCGAUGCACUUGGGACCCCACCCACGUCAUCUAA